AUGGCUUCUCACACUAAAAAAGACGAUUACUGCCUCGAGUGUCAUUGGGAGUCCUUUCAUAUAGACGGGAAAGAGCCGGAGAGCCAGUCUGAUGCCCCCGCAACAUCUCAGUGGGAUUGCUCAGGCGAGGGGCACGACGCCUCGCUCGAUCACUGCCAUGUCGACGACGCCUGCUGCGACAUGGACGACUGCUCCAUCACUUGUCCUUCGGUUUGUGACGGGCUCGUGGAGUGCGAUGACACCGCAUGCGCGGACACCCACUGCGAUGAUGGCUGUGACGAUACGCACUGCGAGAACGCCGAGGCUCUUUGCUUUGAUGAGCAUUGCUUUGGUCACAGUGGUAACGAUGCAACUGUUGCCGACCAUACCCUUGAGUCUCUUCUAGGGCUAGCAGGCCCCAUUAAUUUGGAAUCCAACGAGUUACUUUCGGCAUGCACAAUUGGACAAUCGCAAGGAGAACAACUACCCAAAACAACGGGCAAUGCCACUCCGGAGAUGGUGGCUCCUCAGGCCUCUAUGGACUCCCUCUUCCCUCAGCAUUCCAUCCCAGUCGCCCAUUGCCACUCGCACAGUUUCCCUCACUUUCAUUUCCAUGACUCUUCUAAAGACGCUCACGGCAACAUGAUGCACCAACCGUUCCCGGUUCAGAACGGCGUUAAUCCGGCAGAUGUAUUCCACAUGUUGGGAAUGUGUCCUGACCUUUCUGCCUGUCACAACUUUCAUGUACACGAAAACACGAACUGCGACCAUGUUAACAAACCGAAUCCCGACGCUAAUUCUAAUUCAUUCGCCUGUUUCCAUAUCCCGCCUAAUGUUAAUCUGAACGACCUCAUGAAAAGUCCGGUACAUAUCCACAGUAACCCCCCGAGGGGCCCUUGCCGCACGCACCACCGAUGUCGCACGCACACGCAUGCUCAUGUGCAUCCGUACGGACAUUAUUCGCCAUACUCCCGCCAGUCCCGGUCCAGCGUGAGCUCGCAAUUGAUAUCCAGCCCGGGCGAUACCCCUCCCCCUCUGGAGGGCGGGACACCGUCGGUGCUGACAAGCCCGAUUACCCCGACCGAGAACGAAGUGCAUAUUUGCAAGUGGACCACUACGUCAAGUGGAGUGAAGACCAUUUGCGGAGCAGAAUUCUCUGAUUCCUGUACUCUUCAGGAGCAUCUGAUCGCGCAACAUAUGUCAACCAUCAAUGGCGCCAAGGGAACCGGAUAUUACUGCUGCUGGGAGGGCUGCCACCGUCCGGAUGAACCCUUCUCACAGAAGUCGAAAUUACAAGGCCAUUUCCUGACCCAUAGCAACUACAAGAAUUUCAAAUGCUCGGUCUGUGGCAAAUUCUUCGCUCGACAGGCAACGUUGGAACGCCAUGAACGAAGCCACCGAGGGGAGAAGCCCUACAAGUGCUCUGAAUGCGGGAAGGCUUUCACAGACAGCAGUGAACUGAAAACCCAUUCACGGACGCACACCGGGGAGAAACCUUUCAAGUGUACCUUUCCCGGCUGUAAUUUCCAGACCGGUGAUCACAUGGUGAACGGAAACACAAAUGUAUUUACCCAGGAUGCACCAAGAGCUUUACUCGACCUGGUAAGUGCCUUGAACACCUACUAA